AUGGAGCUUUCACUGGACUCAAUGGAAGAUAUUCUGCCUAAGGUAAAGUCGCUCAUUCUGGAAGACCGUGAUUUGCUUGAAAAGGGUACGAAGGCGUUUAUAGCUUUUGUGCGAUCGUACAAGGAACACCAGUGUCAGUUCAUCUUCCGUUUUAAGGAGCUUGAUUUGGGCGCUGUGGCUCGUGGAUUUUGUCUGCUACAACUACCUAAAAUUAACGAGCUUCGUAACGUGCGCGUCGAUUUUGAAAAGACUGACAUUAAGACUGCUGAUAUAAGAUUUAAGGACAAGGCCCGUGAAAAAGAACGUCAAAAAAAGCUGAUACUUAUUGCAAAGGAGAAUGAAGCACGUGAUAAGAAAGAUGCUGAGGUGCGCGAGAAGAAACGCAUGCGGCCACUAGAGGAAGAGAACCAAAAGCAUCCUCGUCGUCGUGAGAAGAAGAAAGGUUUACAUCAGCAGAUUGUCGAGGAAUGGGACGAGCUGGCAGAGGAAGAGAGGUUUUACAGGAAGUUAAAGAAGGGCAAAAUUACCGAGGAGCAAUACGAGAAGACACUACUGGGAAAAGCGGAUGAUACUGACGAUGACAGCGUUGAUGAAAAUGAUAGCGGCAGGAAAGAUAAGCCAAAGUGGCAGCGUGCUGAAGAGAAACUGAAGGAACGAUUUAAAAAGAAGGAACGAUUUAAAAAGAAGGAACAGGUUUUGAAAAAGACAGGAAUUCAAAAACAGGAGGCUGCCAAGCGUGAGGAACGUAUUCGUAAGCGCAAAAAAUCUCAGCACGUUCAACGUGCUCAGCAAAGAGCUCAACAUCGUGCCCGGCGGUAG